GCGCCAGAAGAAUCUAGAAUCUAGACGAAGAAAGGACCAAAAGUAAACCAUAACAAAAUAAUAAGCAAAGAAUAUCAAUGGCAGAAGCUGUGGCUUUGUUUGGUGUUUCAAGUUCAACGCAUUCAUUACCCUCACUUUCUCUUCCAUCCAAAUCCAUUCAUCGAUCCCAUACUCCCAUUGUUUGCUUCUUGCGCUCUCAUUCUGUUGGUUUCGGUUACUUAACUCAUUCCAAUCGGCGACACGUGUACGCUGCUGUUGUCUCAUCCGAUUCCAAGGCCACCACCUCCAUUGACCUAAGUCAGCCCGAUUUGGAUAAUACUGGUGGUGACACUGGUGCCGGCAACGGCAAAGGUUUUGGCGGCGGCGGAGGAGGAGGAGGAGAAGGAGGAGGUGAUAACAGCAAGGACGAGGAAGGAUCCGACGAAGACAAGAGGAAGAUGGCUUUGUCAAUGUCUCAGAAAUUAACUCUAGGUUAUGCUGUCCUCGUUGGAGCUGGUGGUGUAAUGGGCUAUCUCAAGAGUGGCAGCCAGAAGUCACUUUUGGCUGGGGGUUUGUCUGCCGCCCUUCUGUAUUAUGUUUAUACUGAGCUACCUGUAAGACCUGUUUUGGCAUCAUCUCUUGGCCUUGGCAUAUCUGCUGCACUUCUUGGGGUGAUGGGUUCUCGUUUCAAGAAAUCAGGAAAGGUUUUUCCAGCAGGUGUUGUAUCACUUGUGUCCCUCAUAAUGACAGGUGGUUACCUGCAUGGAAUCAUGCGUAGUGCGCAUUAGAAUGUAAAUAACGAAAGGUGAGAUAGUGCGAUAUCUUGUAAACUUUGCUGAAUACAGUCUCCUCGUUAUGGAACUUGUGGGUUGUCCUGUAGACCCAUGGUUCGUUUGUUGGUCAUACAUGUAGACCUUUGUUGUGAAAUAAGGAUGUCGAGUUUGAACUUCCGUUCGGCCACUGUUUAUGCGCAUUGUUGUUAAUUUCUUCU